AUGGUGUUCACCUACCAGUGCUCCACUCCUGGAUAUGAAAUAUAUAUGGGCCGAGAUAAAUACGAAAAUGAAGAUUUAAUAGUGCAUGCAUUUCCUGAAGAUGUUUGGUUUCACGUCAGCGAGCUGUCGAGUGCUCAUGUGUAUGUACGGAUGCCUUUUGGACAAACAGAUUAUGAAUCACUGCCAGCAGAAGUCAUCGAAGAAGCCUGCCAAUUAACAAAAUACAACUCGAUAGAGGGAUGCAAACAAUCAGAAGUAACGAUCGUAUACACCCCAGCUUCAAAUUUAAAGAAGACAGCGAGCAUGGAGACGGGGCAGGUGGGGUUUAAGCAGCAGAAUAAAGUGAAAUAUGUACACAACGUGAAGCGAGAUAAAGAUAUGAUUAAACGUCUGGAGAAAACUAAAGCAGAACCCAAGAUAAACCUUGAGGAAAAGAAAGCAGAGCGCGACAGAAGAGAGCGCAACGAGAGAAAGCAAAAAUUACAACAGGAGAAGCUCAGGCAGCAGCAGGAAGAAGAACAAAAACGAAUUCAAACAGAACUUAAAACGUAUCAAUCCUUGCAGCAUUUAAAGCCAGUAGAGCAGUACAAGGGAGAUGGCACUAUAGACAGCUGCAGACAAAUAGAGGAAGACUUCCUCUGA